UACCACAGCAGAGGCUUAUAAGCGUCUCCGGCAGAUAAUGUUGGAGUCGCAGCGCGUCAUGACUAUGGGCGCUACCACUGCUUUGACGCCGGAGGAGCAGUUGGCCAACAAGUAUAUCGUUGAGCUUAAAAAGGCCGAGUAUAAAACGGGAAUUCUCGAUCCCUCAACUCACUCGCCGGGCUAUCAUAUAUUUCAGUUGCUUUCAGAAGUAAAUAAAUCCCCUUUAUUCAAAGCUCUCAGAACCAUGCCGAAGGGUGGAGUGUUACAUGCCCAUGAUACCGCUAUUUGCAGCACGGAGUACUUAAUCAGGUUGACUUAUCGUGAGAACCUGUGGAUAUGCACUGCUGAUGAGGGCUGUAAGGCAAUCGCUUUUCGCUUCUCAAAAGAAAAGCCCACAUUGAAAGCUAUAGCCGAAUGUUCUUGGGAGCCGAUGAGUGAAUUUCGUGAGCGACGCGGCGAAGAGAAUGUGCGAAGAUAUCUUUUGCGUCGAUUCAGCAUGUAUCCGUAUUCGACCUUCAAGUCCAACAACCAAGCCUGGAAUCACUUCAUGAGUAUUUUCAUACUGCUAGACGGGCUUUUGUGUUAUGCGCCUGUCUGGGCCGAUUACUACUAUCGGGCUCUAAAGGAGUUCUAUGAGGAUGGUGUGCAGUACUUGGAGCUGCGAUCGCUGCUACCCGAGCUCUAUUGCCUGGGUGAAAAAAAGCUGACGAUUAACGACACUGUGCAGAUCUAUAAAGACACACUUGAGCGCUACAUGGCUAAAAAUCCAAAUUUUAUUGGCUCAAAAUUAAUAUAUGCUCCUUUGCGAGGCGUGGAUCCGCCGGUGGUGGAAAAAUAUGUGGAAACAUGCGUUGCUUUAAAUAAACAGUUUCCCACAUUUUUGGUCGGCUUCGAUUUGGUCGGGCAGGAAGAACUGGGACGCCCCCUUAUUGACUUCGUUGACCAACUUUUGAAAAUGCCGGAGCAUAUAAAUUUUUAUUUUCAUGCCGGCGAAACCAAUUGGUAUGGAUCGACUGUUGAUGAAAAUCUGAUUGAUGCUGUGCUGUUGGGCACAAAGCGCAUUGGCCACGGAUAUGCCAUCAUUAAGCAUCCAUUUAUUAUGUCAUUAGCGAAGAAGCUUGGCAUCGCCGUAGAAGUGUGCCCUGUGUCCAAUCAAGUGCUGCAGCUAGGUCAAGAUUAUCGCAAUCAUCCGGCAUCUCACAUUAUCUGUCAAGAUGUGCCGAUGGUCAUAUCUUCAGACGAUCCGUCCUUCUGGCAUGCCUUGCCCUUGUCACAUGACUUUUACUUUGCCUUUUUGGGGAUUGCACCUAUGCGAGCAGAUUUAAGGUUUCUCAAGUGCCUGGCAAUAAACUCGAUCAAAUACAGUGCCCUAACAACGCCAGAAAAGGUGAUAGGCAUACAAAAAUGGCACAAACAGUGGAUCAAAUGGAUUAAUGAAGUAAUCAAGACCAAGGGCCAACUAGAGCCGCGAGAAGACAAAAGCUUGAAGAAAUAAAUGCAGUGAUAUAUUUUUCAUUAAAA